GUACCUCCUAGCAAAGUGCUUCAAUGCAUGAUUAUUACGUUGGAGGAGCUCUUAUAGAUUUGCUUUUUUUCUUUUCUUUAAAAAGCUUUUAUCAUUUUGUUCCUCGAAUUCGAUUGGGGGAUUGAAAUUGGAUAGUGGAUGGUGUAAUGUGAGAGAGAGAUCUCGUUAUGUUAAAGAGACACUCCAUCUCCAGAAGAAUCUCACGAUUCGAUUCACAAUCCCUAAUGUCUUCUGCUGCUGCUUGCACCGAUCCCUUGCGAUCGCUCCACACUCGAUCCAUCGGUGGAGGCUUCUUCGUUCACAGACUCAAUCCCAUUUCUAACGGCUUGUUCAAGGUUUAUGAAGGCGGCGGAAAGACCAAUGGGUUAACAACAACAACAACCGUAAGAAGCUGUUUUGAUGCUUCUCCUCACAAGAAGGCUGAUCUAAAGGCUCGAGCUUUAUCUCUGCAUCGUCGCCUUCUCCAUGGCCCGAGGGGGGAAGAACAACGCCGCGGCGGGGGCGGAACCACUGACUUAGCGGAUGGACGUGGAGUUGGUAACACGACGAGGUUGCAAGGGAAUGAUAAGAUUGUUGUGGCUGUUGACAUUGAUGAGGUUCUUGGAAACUUUGUCUCGGCACUUAACAAGUUCAUUGCCGACCGCUACUUGUCUAACCAUACUGUCUCUGAAUACCAUGUCUACGAGUUCUUCAGGAUAUGGAACUGCUCUCGGAAUGAAGCUGACUUACGAGUUCAUGAAUUCUUUAAGACAUCAUAUUUCAAGAAAGGGAUCCAUCCUCUUCCAGGUGCACAUACGACUCUUCACAAGCUAUCAAGAUACUGCGAGCUCUCAGUUGUGACGUCCCGGCAGAAUGCGAUAAAGGAUCACACACUUGAGUGGCUCGAUAUGCAUUUCCCAGGAUUGUUUAAACAUAUUCAUUUCGGGAACCAUUUUGCUCUUCAUGGAGAGUCUAAACCCAAGUCUGAAAUCUGCAGAUCAUUUGGAGCAGAGAUAUUGAUUGAUGAUAACCCUAGAUAUGCAGAGGAAUGCGCUAACAUUGGAAUGAAGGUUCUCCUCUUUGACUAUGAAAACUCAUACCCUUGGUCCAAAACUGAGUCUGUGGACAGACAUCCUCUGGUGACUAGAGUUCGUAAUUGGGAAGAAGUGGAGCAGCAGAUUCUCUCAUGGGUAGUAACAAAGUGUUAAAAACAUUUAUACUAUUGCUGUUUCAAUGUUACAUUGUAUUGUAUAAACAUGAAAGAAGACAGAACAAGCCAAGAAAUCUUGAUGGGAUGAAUAAGUUAGCAACCAGAGAUGAAAUUAGCUAAAAACUGUCACCUUUUAGCAUUAAAUUACUUCUUUUUUGUUGCUAAAAUUAGUUUGGUAUCACUAAAUUUUUUUCACUAUCUGUACUGCACAUAUGUAAGAUAAUGUAUAAUUUAAGUGUUUACUAUAUCAUAUGAGGUUACUUUAUAAA